AUGCCCAACCCGUACGGCGCUGGCUCGUCGUCCAUCAGCCCUCCUUCCAGCUCCUCCACCAGCUUCGCCGCAACUCCAUCCACCCAGCAUGAUCGCCUUCUAGCUCGUCCCAAUGCCGGUCCUUCAGGCGCUGCAAAGUACCAGCUCGCCCCGAAUGCCACCACCGAAGAGGAGGACGACUAUCUCCACGAGAUCGACACAAAAUGGGACUCGUCUUCCCAUGGCUGGAACCUGAGAGGGUUCCUCAACAUCCUCACCCUCACUCUCCUCGCCCUCGGUCUCAUCAUGCUCUUCCUCGGCUAUCCCGUCCUCAUCAAGGUCAAAAACAUGUACGACAAUGAUACCAAGGGCGCAUUUGGCAUCGGCGGCACCAACGGCUCAGGACAGGUGCCUGCCCUCGACAUUGUUUCGCUCGUCGAUGCCGACACUCCACAGAGCGCUCUCAAGUGGUCCAGCAGCUACGACCAGGCCUCCUACCAUCUCGUCUUUAGCGACGAGUUCGAGAAGGACGGCAGGACCUUUUGGCCCGGCGACGAUCCUUUCUGGGAGGCCGUCGAUCUGUGGUAUUCCGGAACUGGUGACUACGAAUGGUACUCGCCCGAGGCAGUGAACACUACUGGCGGCGCCCUAGUGAUUGCGCUUGAGGAGCACCAGCUGCACAACAAGAACUUCCGCUCUGGCAUGGUCCAGUCUUGGAACAAGUUCUGCUUCCAGGGUGGCUACAUCGAGUUCAGCGUCCGCCUCCCUGGCGCUCCCAGCACCAGUGGAUACUGGCCUGCCGUGUGGCUCAUGGGUAACCUCGGCCGUCCAGGAUACCUUGCCUCGACAGAAGGCACCUGGCCCUACUCGUACCAGUCGUGCGACACUGGCAUCCUUCCUAAUCAGACCUGGGUCAACGGCACGGGUCCGGACCUCGCCAUCCACUCCUCGGGCACUUACGCGUACAACGGCGAGCUUUCCUACCUUCCCGGCAUGCGGUACUCGUCUUGCACGUGCCCAGGCCAGGACCACCCCGGUCCCAACAACAACGUGGCUCGUUCGGCCCCAGAGAUCGACAUCUUCGAAGUGCAGGUGCAGUACAAGGACGGCGCGCGUCACUCGUACGCCUCGCAGUCGCUUCAAGUGGCGCCGUUCGAUGACGCGUACGGUUGGGGCAACUCGUCCGCCGACGCCAAGAUCUACGAUGACACCCUGACUGAGUUCAACACGUACACCGGCGGUCAGAUCCAGGAAGCCGUCUCGUCCGUCACUCGCGUCCCCGACCGCGGAUUCCAGCUGACCCAAAACGAAUAUGUCACGUACGGCGUCGAGUUCAGCCCGGACUUCAACUACGACGGUAGCGGCUCCAUGACGUGGUACGUGGACGGCAAACCUUCGUGGACUGUCAACCCCAAGGCCUUCCCGGCGCGCGCCAACCUCGACAUUGGUCAGCGCAUCAUUCCCGUCGAGCCCAUGGCGAUCGUCAUGAACCUGGCCAUCUCGAGCGGCUUCCAGACAGUCAACUUUGGCGAGGGCGGCAUCACGUUCCCGGCCUUCAUGGAAGUCGACUACGUGCGUGUCUACCAGAAGGAUGGCCAGUCCGACCUGAUCUCGUGCGAUCCUGCCGACCACCCGACGGCCAACUUUAUCUCGACGCACCAAGAUCUGUACUACAACAACAACCUCACGCAGUUCCCGCGCGACAAGUAUACUUGGCCCAAGAACAAGCUGCAGGGCUGCUGA